AUGACAAUGCCUGUUCAUAUACAUACAGGACGACUCUCUACAAAAAGAAGCAAGUACUCGCGGCCUAGUACAAGAACGUCAGUUUAUCUUUGGGAAUUUCUCUUUGGUUUACUGGAAGACGAUGAAUGUGCCUCUGUUAUAUCUUGGACCAACAAACUUGAAGGAAUAUUCAUAUUAAAAAACGCCAAUGAACUCGCCAAGCUAUGGGGAACUGUUAAAAAUAAACCGAACAUGGACAAGUACAAACUGUUCAGAGCGAUGAGGAAUUAUUACAACAGAGGAAUACUAAAAAAGGUAACAUUUUUUUUUAAGACCAGGAGCACGGGUAAUUCGCUGAAAUUCGAUACUCGAAAUAUUUCGCGAGGUCUGUUGGAAAAUAUCGUCGCUAAGUAGUAUUUCUCAAAAACUUGUUUCAAAGAUUUCAGAUCCUUUUGACCAUGCAGAUGGCCGAGUACACUAUGUGUUCUACAAUGGGUUAUGGUUUUUUUAUGAUAGCGGGGAGAAGCAAUAACUAUUUGUUGAGCAACCAAUCAUCUUCGUGUGAUUGUAAUUUGCUUCACUUUGCAUGACUUUAAUAUUUGUAAAAAGUAGAUAUAUAGAUGGUUAAACUUUAUUUAAUAAAAUAAGGCUGAAAAUUAUGUUUAAAAUUUUCGUAAUUAUAUGUACCUAAUAUUGUUUUUGUUUCUAUUCUACAAAUAAAUCACAAACUUUGCCGACCUUUUAUGCGCAAAAAAGAAAUGACUUGAAAUAUCCCUUAGUAUAUUUUCUUGAAUUUCCAAUAUUCACAGAAUCACCAAGCUACGAAAGUUUGUCUCUGAUAAUAUAAACAGCUCGCAAUAGUAAUCCUCAUUACAUUGCAUUGAUUCUUGUCAAUGUUUUAUUUCUAGGUGAGAGGGCGUAAAGGUGGUUACCAAUUUCUAUCUAUACCAUACGAAACAGAAGGGUGUGACCUAACAGUGGUUACCUCGUGUGAACCUUGUAGUAAACCACCCCUUCUUGGAACUCUCGAUCAGAGUCUGACGAACUCUAAUGCGAUAAAAUCAGACUGCAGUGAGAGACUGACAGACGAUCGUGAAAGGACGGCUGGCAAUCCAGGAACAACCGCAGACAAUCGGAAAAGUACGGAAAACAAUCGUGAAACGACCGUAGACAAUUGUGAACAGAUCGCGGAGGUGAGCUUGGAUGAAUCGAACGGUUAUCGUUCGAGAGCAGCAAGCUCGCCAAAAUAUUCUGUCUCGAGUAAUAGUAGUAUAAAAAGCUUGGAGGAACUACUAGCAGACUUAAUGAAUAACGAUAUUACAGAUCCUAUGGAGACGACUAAAAAUAUUAAUUUUGCGUCUAAUGUUGGCAAUAUAAUAAGAUAA